GCGCGGCGGGGCUGAGACGCGACCAGGACGCGGGGAGGACGGACCAGCAGGACAGACCGACCGGGGGCCCGGCGGGCGGAGGGCAGCGCAGCGCAGCCACGUCCCCCCCUGGAUCCGCCGGCAGCCGGGCCCGGGGCUUCCGACAUGCCCCCCAGGAGAGUGUGCUGGGCAGACGAUGCUGGACACGAUGGAGGCGCCCGGCCACUCCAGGCAGCUGCUGCUGCAGCUCAACAACCAGCGCACCAAGGGCUUCUUGUGCGACGUGAUCAUCGUGGUGCAGAACGCCCUCUUCCGCGCGCACAAAAACGUGCUGGCGGCCAGCAGCGCCUACCUCAAGUCCCUGGUGGUGCACGACAACCUGCUCAACCUGGACCAUGACAUGGUGAGCCCGGCCGUGUUCCGCCUGGUGCUGGACUUCAUCUACACCGGCCGCCUGGCGGAUGGCGCGGAGGCUGCGGCGGCGGCUGCCGUGGCCCCGGGGGCCGAGCCGAGCCUGGGCGCCGUGCUGGCCGCCGCCAGCUACCUGCAGAUCCCCGACCUCGUGGCGCUGUGCAAGAAACGCCUCAAGCGCCACGGCAAGUACUGCCACCUGCGGGGCGGUGGCGGCGGCGGCGGCGGCUACGCACCCUACGGGAGGCCGGGCCGGGGCCUGCGGGCCGCCACGCCCGUCAUCCAGGCCUGCUACUCGUCCCCCGCCGGGCCUCCGCCGCCGCCCACCGCCGAGCCGCCGUCGGGCCCUGAGGCCGCUGUGAACACGCACUGCGCCGAGCUGUAUGCCUCGGGUCCCGGCCCGGCCGCCGCGCUCUGCGCCCCGGAGCGCCGCUGCUCCCCACUCUGCGGCCUGGACCUGUCAAAGAAAAGCCCGCCGGGCUCCGCGCCUCCCGAGCGACCGCCGGGGGAGCGAGAGCUUCCCCCGCGCCCAGACAGCCCUCCCAGCGCCGGCCCCGCCGCCUACAAGGAGCCACCGCUCACCCUGCCGCCGCUGCCGCCACUGCCCUUCCAGAAGCUGGAGGAGGCCGUACCGCCUCCGGAUCCGUUCCGAGGUGGCGGCGGCAGCCCGGGAUCCGAGCCCCCCGGCCGCCCCGACGGGCCCAGCCUCCUCUACCGCUGGAUGAAGCACGAGCCAGGCCUGGGCAGCUACGGCGACGAGCUGGGCCGUGAGCGCGGCUCCCCCAGCGAACGCUGCGAGGAGCGCGGCGGGGACCCGUCCGUCUCGCCCGGGGGGCCUCCGCUCGGCCUGGCGCCUCCGCCGCGCUACGCGGGCAGCUUGGACGGGCCUGGCGCGGGCGGCGACGGCGACGACUACAAGAGCAGCAGCGAGGAGACGGGCAGCAGCGAGGACCCCAGCCCGCCCGGCGGCCACCUCGAGGGCUACCCGUGCCCGCACCUGGCCUACGGCGAGCCCGAGAGCUUCGGCGACAACCUGUACGUGUGCAUCCCGUGCGGAAAGGGCUUCCCCAGCUCGGAGCAGCUGAACGCGCACGUGGAGGCGCACGUGGAGGAGGAGGAGGCGCUGUACGGCCGGGCCGAGGCGGCGGAGGUGGCCGCGGGCGCCGCCGGCCUCGGGCCCCCCUUUGGCGGCGGUGGGGACAAGGUGGCCGGGGCCCCGGGGGGCCUGGGCGAGCUGCUGCGGCCAUACCGCUGCGCGUCGUGCGACAAGAGCUACAAGGACCCGGCCACGCUGCGGCAGCACGAGAAGACGCACUGGCUGACGCGGCCCUACCCCUGCACCAUCUGCGGGAAGAAGUUCACGCAGCGCGGGACCAUGACGCGCCACAUGCGCAGCCACCUGGGCCUCAAGCCCUUCGCGUGCGACGCGUGCGGCAUGCGCUUCACGCGCCAGUACCGCCUCACCGAGCACAUGCGCAUCCACUCGGGCGAGAAGCCCUACGAGUGCCAGGUGUGCGGCGGCAAGUUCGCCCAGCAGCGCAACCUCAUCAGUCACAUGAAGAUGCACGCUGUGGGCGGCGCGGCCGGCGCGGCCGGGGCGCUGGCGGGGCUGGGGGGGCUCCCCGGCGUCCCGGGCCCCGACGGCAAGGGCAAGCUCGACUUUCCCGAGGGCGUCUUUGCUGUGGCGCGCCUCACGGCCGAACAGCUCAGCCUGAAGCAGCAGGACAAGGCGGCUGCGGCCGAGCUGCUGGCUCAGACCACGCACUUCCUGCACGACCCCAAGGUGGCGCUCGAGAGCCUCUACCCGCUGGCCAAGUUCACCGCGGAGCUGGGCCUCAGCCCCGACAAGGCGGCCGAGGUGCUGAGCCAGGGCGCGCACCUGGCCGCCGGCCCCGACGGCCGGACCAUCGACCGUUUCUCUCCCACCUAGUGCGCCUCUGGCCUCCGCGUGGCCCCGGCCCGCGCCCCCAGGCGGCGGCGGCGGCCACCAGCAGGCGGGUGCCCCCUUCCCCUCCCCGCGCCCGGACGACAGUAGCAGCCCCGGCAGCGUCGCCGCAGGGGCGGCGGCCUCACCUGGCCUCACUGCUUUGUGCCUUAGCCCGGGGGUGGGGGUGGGGGAGGAAGCCCCGGGACGGGGGUGGGUUGGGGGAAGGGAGAUUUAUAUUUUUGAUAUCAGCUUUGACCAAAGGAGACCCCCGGCCCUUCUCCGCCUCUUCCUGUGGUUCGUUGGCCCCCACCCCCCCGGCUCCGUGCUGCUCUUGGGGGGGGGGGAGGGGUGCCACUGUUGGGGCGCUCCCAGCCCUACCUCCGGCCCUUGCGACCACACCCAUUCUCACUGUGAAUCUCCCCGCUGGGGUCGGAGCGUCGGGCAGAGCUGGGGAGCGGGGAGGGGACUGAGCCGGCCGGAGGGCCCCCCCGCCCCAGCCCCCGCCCGCCCCGGGACGGAUAAUGUGAAGUUCCUCAUUUUGCACAAGUGGCACUAGCCCCAGGGCUAACCUUUCCCGCCCUCUGGAAUCAGAGGGCUGAGACAGCCCUGGCCUACCCGGUCUCCCACUCCCGCGGUGGUCCCCCCUCCCUUCCCUGGGGCCCCGGACCAUAUUUAUUGCAUGCGCCCUGGGCGGCCCCCCCACCCCGAGCCCAGGCUGGGCUGGGCUGGAACGUGGUCUCUUUAGCUCCCUCCUCCUCGUUUGUAUAUUUCCUACCUUGUACACAGGCUCUUCCAGAGCCGCUUCCAUUUUCUAUACUCGAACCAAACAGCAAUAAAGCAGUAACCAAGGA